AUGGUUUCCAUAUAUCCAUCUUUUCUGUUCCUCUUCGUGUUUCAUCCCCUUUUUCUUCCUUUCUGCCUUGGCAUAGGAAGAGGAGUUCUAUGUUUGCGUUCAGUAUAUAGUCAAGAGAACAAUGAUGUCCCUCCCACUUUUGAGCUUGCUGGUGGAAACAUUUGCCUUGUGACAUCAAUGGAGAAGUGGGAAGAAAAGAUGUCUGAAGCCAAUAACAGUGGCAAGAUCGCAGUGGUAAAUUUCAGCGCUUCAUGGUGUAACCCCUGUAGAGCAGCAGCACCAGGAUAUCAUGAACUUGCUAAUAAAUACACUUCAAUGAUAUUUCUUACCGUGGACGUGGAUGAGUUAGCUGAGUUAAGUACUUCGUGGGACAUAAAAGCUACUCCAACAUUCAUUUUCUUUAGAGAUGGCCGUCAAGUGGACAAACUAGUAGGCGUCAAAAAUCAAGAGCUCCAAAAGAAGUUGAUGAAUCUCGCAGAGUCUACAAGAUCCCCAGGAUGAUAUACUGUUGCUUCGCUGCUAAGAAUUCUGGUUUUUGUCACGUUAAUUUUGCGAUUAACUUCUGCAACAACAUUUUUAUGUGUUUCUAUGUAUAUUAAGCGAAGUACUAGGAUAUAAGGAAGUACAAUUUGCAGCUUGGGAAA